CUGUGCCCCCCCCCUUUAAACCGGGAGGCCUCCAACGCCAGAGCAUCUCUAACUCCUUGGAAAAAUUUCUUGUGGUGCUUUGGCCGCUUGAAAGUAUGAAGCGGUGGCCUCGCCCAAGAAAUAAUUCCCUUCAGAGAGCAAGCAGUAAUAAGCAGGCAGUGGUCAACAGGUAUAGUUAUCCCCAUGCCUGGCUCUUGUGAAAGAAAGGUUUUACCUAUGGAUUUCUGCCUAGGAUGAAGCUGCUUUGCCCCAUUCUUCAAAAAGUCCUGACGGUGCCAUCUUACAUAUUGCCUCUUUUCUCUUCGGAGCUGAGGUCACCCUGUUUGUUUCAGUUUAAACCAUGUCAAAAUCCUUGAAAAAGAUUGUAGAGGAAAGUAGGGAGAAAAAUAUAUUGGAAGUGGACAUGUGUGAGCGUGGCAUAUCAAACAUGUUGGAUAUACCUGGAUUAUUCAGUCUGUCUCAUAUCACACAGCUAGUUCUCAGUCACAACAAGCUCACCGCUGUGUCUCCAAAUAUUGCAGAUCUGAGGAAUUUAGAAGUACUCAAUUUUUUCAACAAUCAGAUUGAGGAGCUGCCAACUCAGAUCAGCAGCCUUCAGAAGCUCAAACACUUAAAUCUUGGGAUGAACAGGCUCAACACCUUGCCACGAGGAUUUGGCUCUUUACCAGCUCUGGAAGUUCUUGAUUUGACUUACAAUAAUUUAAAUGAAAAGUCCCUGCCUGGAAACUUCUUCUAUCUAACCACCCUGCGUGCACUCUAUCUAAGUGACAACGAUUUUGAAACCCUGCCAUCAGAUAUUGGGAAGCUCACAAAGUUGCAGAUACUUAGCUUUAGGGAUAAUGACUUGAUAUCACUCCCAAAAGAAAUUGGGGAACUCACACAGCUUAAAGAACUUCAUAUCCAAGGAAACCGUCUUACAGUCUUGCCUCCAGAACUAGGAAACUUGGAUUUGACUGGUCAAAAGCAAGUCUUCAAAGCAGAAAAUAAUCCAUGGGUAACUCCUAUUGCAGAUCAGUUCCAACUGGGUGUUUCUCAUGUGUUUGAAUAUAUUCGUUCAGAAACAUAUAAAUACCUUUAUGGAAGACACAUGCAGGCAAACCCUGAACCUCCAAAAAAGAACAACGAUAAGUCCAAAAAGAUCAGCCGUAAACCUCUAGCAGCCAAGAAUAAAUAAAGCACCAGCAUAUACCAUCCUUGUUACAUUCUUUCUUUUGCAUGUGCCUAAAUUUUUAUGUUCUUAUCAUAGGAAACUGUUGUUUUAUAAAGAAAAGAAAUAAAUACCUUUUUAUAUCCAGAGGCACCAGAAAAGUGCAAAUUGUCUAAGAUAGUUAAUCCAUUGUUAGAUUUAUUAAACACCAAUUGCUUAAGUUAUAUAGCCAUUUUAUUUACCAAAUACAUAUGUAAAAUGUUUUUUUUAAAAAAAAUAACUAGUUCCCACAAUUGGCUAUAUGUUAUUGCUGCAUCACACCAUGUAUCAUUUAUAUUUUAUGUUAUCUGUUAUUAAUAAAUACAGCUUUAAAAAACA